AUGGCCGUGUGGUCCCUGUGGAGUCUGCUUCUCUGGGAAGCACUACUUCCCUUCAUUGUCACCGGUGCCCAAGUUCAGGGCCAGGUGGGGGGCUCGGCGCUGCUGGUGGCAAAGCGCCCUCCCGGCUUCCAAAUCCGAGAGGCCAUCUGGAGGUCCGUCUGGCCUUCAGAGGAGCUCCUGGCCACGUUUUUCCGGGGGUCUCUGGAGACGCUGUACCACUCCCGCUUCCUGGGCCGAGCCCAGCUGCACAGCAACCUCAGCUUGGAGCUGCGGCCACUGGAGUCUGGAGACAGCGGCAACUUCUCCGUGCUGCUGGUGGACAAGGAAGGUCGAGCCUGGACCCAGACCCUGCAGCUCAAGGUGUAUGAUGCAGUGCCCAGGCCCGUGGUACAAGUGUUCAUUGCUGUAUCAGGGGAUGCCCAGCCCCCCAAGACCUGCCAAGUGUUCCUGUCCUGUUGGGCUCCCAACAUCAGCGACAUAACCUAUAGCUGGCGACGGGAGAGAACCGUCGACCUUGAUAUCAAGCCAGGUGGCCUCUUCAUGGACGGACAGGUGCUGAGUGUGUCACUGGGACCAGGUGACAAAGGUGUGGCCUAUUCCUGCAUUGUCUCAAACCCUGUCAGCUGGGACUUGGCCACAGUCACCCCCUGGGAGAGCUGCCAUCACCAGGCAGCUCCAGGGAUGGCCUCCUACAAAGAUGUGCUACUGGUGGUGGUGCCUGUCUUGCUGCUCCUGAUCUUGGCUGGUCUCUCUGCCUGGCACUGGGGCCCCUGCUCAGCUCCUGAAAGAACUACCCCAGCAGACCUGGGCUUCGUGGACAUGUCCAUCCAAGGCUGUCUGGCUGGUCCCAGGAUGGAGAAAGUGGGUCAGCAAGGAGAAGGAGGCAUAAGACUUCAGUGGAUGUGUCCGAAAAGGGAAAAAGAAGAAGGAUGUCUGUGCUGGUGAAGUGGCUUCAGAGACAGAGAACCCCCUUGUGUAGGGUGUGCCAUGAGCAAUGCCUGGGUCAUGAGGAACCCCACUGCCUAGCCACGUGAUGCUCUGGGAUGUAGCUGGUACCUGGGAACCACCAUGGACCUCGUACCUCCUGUGAGACUCCUGUACCACCUCUCAGGAGCAGCCUGGGCAGCCGUCACACUGGGAGGACAGGAAACGCUGGCACAAACUUCCACACCUUCCCCCUUCCCUCUCCCCUGGUUGCAUGUCCUGGCUCUGCUCUGGGAAACAUGGGCCCAGCAGGACAUCCCCUCAAGGACACUGGAAGUUCUUCAAGAUCCAUAGAUUGAUUGUCCAGGGCACUCACUCCUCCACCACUGUUCAUGAAGUAUUGUUAUGGAUUGAAUUUGUCCCCUUUAAAUUCACAUGUUGAACUCCUAACCCCCAAUAUCUCAGGAUAUGACUGUGUUUGGAGAUAGGGUCUUUAAAGAGAUAAUUAAGGUUAAAUGAGGUCACGGAGAUGGCCCUAAUCCGAUAUGUCUGGUGUCCUUAUAAGAAGAGGGAGAGACACCAGGAAUACACACACAGAGAGAAAAAGCCAUGGAAGGACUCAGAGAGAAGGAAGCCCUCUGCAAGCCAAGGAGAGAGGCCUUGGGAGAAACCAAACCUGCUAACAUCUUGGUCUUGGACUUCCAGUCUCCAACACUGAGAAAAUAAAUUUCUGUCGUUUAAGCCACCCAUUCUGUGGUAUCUUGUUAUGGCAGCCCUAGCAGACUAACACAACUAUUAACCAACCAGCAUCAAAGGAUUACUUCCAGCCUGGGUCCUGGCCUCUAAAAGACAUUAGACAAUCACCCACUUUCAGUCCCAACCCCAGGCCCUGUCAUUUGAGACCCUGAUGUUUCCCACAACCAAGGAAUUAUAAGAAAAGUUCUAGAACCUGAUGAAGAA